ACCAUCAUUCGCUCACUAGCGCACAUUUGAGUAAAAGCUACCUUAAAAGCCUAUACUUUUCUCCAUUUACUUCGUCCACGUUUUCAACAAACGAAAUAAAUAAAUAAUUAUCAAUAUAAAUAUUAUCACGUGUUUCGCGGAGUGUUGAUUCUCUAAGUUUCAUUUAAUAAUCAAUCUUGUGACGUAAUCAUUUUAUACUAAAAAUGGCCGCCACCGUAAACCACGUGUUUGAGUACGAGAACGAGUUGAACGACAAUCUUUACAACUUGAAGAUGUCAGGAAACAACAAAACAAACAGUAGCAGCAGCAACAAAACCAGCCGCAAGGUCAGGAAGUUAUUGAAGCCACUGCUGCGCCUACUGAAGAAGAAGAGCUACAGAUUCGCCAAGAACCAGAGCCAGAAAGCCGAGCCACAAGCCGAGACAUUCACCGAAGAAGUUGACAACCAAAACAACUGCAACGAAGCACUGGAACAACGAUUGCUCGCUGAUUUGGCAAACGCUGAAGAAGGAGCUGCUAUCACAGUGUUCCUCGACGGUCAAAUGACAGUUGUGCCUGUGGUUCCCGGACAGUGCUACGUACCAGUUCACUUUGCUCACACAUGUGCUGGGGACUUUUACUGGACAACUAUUUCACUGGCUGACAGUGAUCUCUGCUACAAGGAACGUGUCUUCUCCCAGAACCAAUUGCCCGAGAUGCAAGUCGCUUGAACGGUAUGUACCUCAACUUAUAUGGCUAUAAGUUGCCGUCGAUAUCUACCUCAACAUUUACAUCCAUGGAUGGACUUUGUGGAUGGAUGGUUAUAUAAAACAAAAACAACUAAUGAAAAACCAACGACAUUCAACGCCGCCUGGAAUUCUGAGACACCAGAGGUGAGCUGACACACAACCGGUUCACCGAUUCAUUUUCACAAUGAGAUUUGGUCUUUAUUGAGAGCAAGGCCAGUUCCAGUCUCAUUCACCAGCGGUCAACGACACCACCUGUCAACUACAACAACUGAU